UUGGCGGUAAACGUGCCCGCUGAGACACCUCUCCGGGCGCUCAGCCGGCAGACUCCCUUGCAGGGGUGAUAGGGUCUAGCCGCCAGAGCUCGGAGUCCACCGAUUGACCGGGGCCAGGGCGGCAAACGUGUGGCGGCUAGUGACGUGCGCGUCCUCCCUCCUCCUCCCGCGUUUCUCCGGGGUGGCGCCGUCUGGUGACGCUAGGAGUAUGAUGGCUGCCGCGAGGCCGGGAAGGUGAAGUCGGAAUUGGUGGCGUCAACACCAUUCGUGGCCAGCCUCAACCGGAGACAGGACAGAGGAGACUUCAGAUUCUUUUCGUCUUUUUGACUCCAGCCAUGCCCAUGAUGCCCAGCCUGUGACGGUCUCUCACCAUCCGGAAACUUCUCCUCUGUUCCAGUUGUGCCAGCAGACGAUCCGUGGACCUAUUUUAUUUUCCCCGCUAGGAGGUGCUGUGCAUAAAACUGGCGCGAUGUCCCUGCUUUUCUCUCGGUGCAACUCCAUCGUCACAGUUAAGAAGGACAAGAGACACAUGGCUGAGGUGAAUGCUUCCCCACUCAAGCACUUUGUCACUGCCAAGAAGAAGAUCAAUGGCAUCUUUGAACAACUGGGGGCUUACAUCCAAGAGAGCGCCACCUUCCUUGAAGACACCUACAGGAAUGCGGAACUGGACCCCGUGACGACAGAAGAGCAGGUCGUGGACGUCAAAGGCUACCUGUCCAAAGUGAGGGGCAUCAGCGAGGUGCUGGCCCGGCGGCACAUGAAGGUGGCUUUUUUCGGCAGGACGAGCAACGGGAAGAGCACCGUGAUCAAUGCCAUGCUCUGGGACAAGGUUCUGCCCUCGGGGAUCGGCCACACCACCAACUGCUUCCUGCGCGUGGAGGGCACAGACGGGCACGAGGCCUUCCUCCUCACAGAGGGCUCGGAGGAGAAGAGGAGCGUCAAGACUGUGAACCAGCUGGCCCACGCACUUCACCAGGACGAGCAGCUCCAUGCUGGCAGCCUGGUGAGUGUGAUGUGGCCCAACUCCAAGUGCCCGCUUCUGAAGGACGACCUGGUGCUGAUGGACAGCCCUGGCAUCGACGUCACCACAGAGCUGGACAGCUGGAUUGACAAGUUUUGCCUGGACGCCGAUGUGUUCGUGCUGGUGGCCAACUCAGAGUCCACCCUGAUGCAGACGGAGAAGCAGUUCUUCCACAAGGUGAGCGAGCGGCUGUCCCGCCCCAACAUCUUCAUCCUGAACAACCGCUGGGACGCGUCCGCCUCGGAGCCCGAGUACAUGGAGGAGGUGCGGCGGCAGCACAUGGAACGUUGUACCAGCUUCCUGGUGGAUGAGCUGGGCGUGGUGGACCGAGGCCAGGCCGGCGACCGCAUCUUCUUCGUGUCCGCCAAGGAGGUGCUCAACGCCAGGAUCCAGAAGGCGCAGGGCAUGCCUGAAGGAGGGGGCGCUCUUGCAGAAGGCUUUCAAGUGAGGAUGUUUGAGUUUCAGAAUUUUGAAAGGAGAUUUGAGGAGUGCAUCUCCCAGUCUGCGGUGAAGACCAAGUUCGAGCAGCACACAGUCCGAGCCAAGCAGAUCGCGGAAGCGGUGCGUCUCAUCAUGGACUCCCUGCACGUGGCGGCACAGGAGCAGCGGGUCUACUGCCUGGAAAUGCGGGAGGAGCGGCAAGAGCGGCUGAGGUUUAUUGACAAGCAGCUGGAGCUCCUGGCGCAGGACUACAAGCUGCGGAUCAAGCAGAUCACGGAGGAGGUGGAGAGGCAGGUGUCCACGGCCAUGGCGGAGGAGAUCAGGCGCCUCUCCGUGCUGGUGGACGAGUACCAGAUGGACUUCCACCCUUCCCCGGUGGUCCUCAAGGUCUACAAGAACGAAUUGCACCGCCAUAUAGAAGAAGGACUAGGCCGGAAUAUGUCCGACCGCUGCUCCACGGCCAUCACCAGCUCCCUGCAGACCAUGCAGCAGGACAUGAUAGAUGGUCUGAAACCCCUCCUUCCCGCGUCUGUGCGGAGUCAGGUAGACCUGCUGGUCCCUCGGCAGUGCUUCUCCCUCAGCUACGACCUCAACUGUGACAAGCUGUGCGCGGACUUCCAGGAGGACAUCGAGUUCCACUUUUCUCUCGGGUGGACCAUGUUGGUGAAUAGGUUCCUGGGCCCCAAGAACAGCCGCCGAGCGCUAAUGGGCUACAGUGACCAGGUGCAGCGCCCUGUCCCGCUGACGCCAGCCAACCCCAGCAUGCCCCCGCUGCCACAGGGCUCGCUCACCCAGGAGGAGCUCAUGGUCUCCAUGGUCACCGGCCUGGCCUCCCUGACGUCCAGGACCUCCAUGGGCAUUCUCGUGGUUGGAGGCGUGGUGUGGAAGGCAGUGGGCUGGCGACUCAUCGCCCUGUCCUUUGGGCUUUAUGGCCUCCUCUACGUCUACGAGCGUCUGACCUGGACCACCAAGGCCAAGGAGAGGGCCUUCAAGCGUCAGUUCGUAGAGUAUGCCAGCGAGAAGCUGCAGCUCGUCAUCAGCUACACCGGCUCCAACUGCAGCCACCAAGUCCAGCAGGAGCUGUCCGGGACCUUUGCUCAUCUGUGCCAGCAAGUUGACAUCACCCGGGAGAACCUGGAGGAGGAGAUUGCUGCCAUGAACAAGAAAAUUGAGGUUCUCAACUCACUUCAGAGCAAAGCCAAACUGCUCAGGAACAAAGCCGGCUGGUUGGACAGCGAGCUCAACAUGUUCACGCACCAGUACCUGCAGCCCAGCAGAUAGUGGGCGGCCCCCAGCUCCGCCGCUGCCCCGAGAGCGAACGCACCCCCGAGUCGUACCAUUCUGAGCCCCUUCAACGCUAGUUCCCCCCCUUUGCCUGCCGUCGCAGGAAGACCUUCAGGCUCGUACCCCUAACGGAGACCUUUUCGUUGUCACUGACGAGCGUGGACAGCGUGAUGCCGAGUCGAGUCUUUGUCGGGUGCGCUUGAUGGAGACCCAUCUGAGGGCGUGACAAGGCUUUGGGAUCUGCCGGCGUCUCUGAGGGCCUCGGGCAGACCCCGACCCCGGCGGCUCACCCUGACCACGCACACAGCCGCCGCACCCACAGAGAAGGGCUGCCUGGGGGAGGUGGGCUUCUCCUGGGA